UUAUCUAUGAUUGUCAUGUUAUCAGCAGUAUAACCUUAAAAAGUAGUAUAUGAGUAGUAUUGAGAAGUGUUUUGUGUAAGAAAGGUUUAUUUAUAAAUAUGGCUUCUAUUCAAGAAAGAUUACAAAUUAAACGUGAACCUAUUGAUAAAUGGUCAAUAAGAGAACAACUGUGCUUAGCCUCCGCUGUAGUGAGAAGUGGCGACCAAAACUGGAUGUCAGUUAGUAGAGCUCUAAAACCUUUCGGCGACUCGAACAGACCAUCUGACUGGUUUCAUCAAAAGAAUUGUGCCGCUCAGUAUGGGUCCUUAUUGGAAAAUGUAGAAACUCCAAAGCGAAAGAAACGUAAUUCAUCAUCAGAAACAACAGUCGAAACACCAACAGAAAGUAUAUUAAGAAAACUUACAAAAGAGCGUUUGAUUGAGCUUGAUAAGCUUCUUGCUGAGGAAAAGUCUGAAUACAAGAAAUUACAAGAAGAUAUGGUUUUAUUGCAGUCAGGGAAUGUGCCAGAAGAACUACUUGAUCAGUGGUGUAAGGAAAUAGAUGAAGAAGAAAAACAACGCGAAGAAGAUUUACAAGCACAUAAUAGAUGGCUAAAAGAACGUGAGAAACGUAAGCAAGAAAUUGAAAGAGCUUGGAAACCUUUUUCAAAAGGGUUGACGAUUAUUGGUCAAAAACGAAAAGCAACGGAUAGUGUGGACUCAUUGGUGGAAAUGGAUCAAAGUGAAGAUCAACAACAAACACCCCAGCAACCACAAACUCCAACUCAUGAUCCAUCAAAACCUGCACUCUCUCCUUUAUUAACCAGUCUUCUAAAGUCUCCUUCUCAUUCGCAGAGUGUUGCAACUUCUAUUCUGCAUUCAGCUAUUACAAGUCAUUCCAAUAGCAGAAAUGCUAAUUCAGCAAGUAAUCCAACAAUUGCAAGUCUUUUGAAUUCAAGUGCCUGUGUUUCUGUUUCACCUGGAAUACAACACUUAGUUAGUUCUGCUAUAUCACAGUCACCAUCAAGUGCCAAUGCAGUCACAUUAAGUACAAGUAAUUUGCCUGAGACAACAGCAGUUGAUAUAUUAGAAGAUGCUGAAGAUACAUUACCUAAUAUUAAGGUUGAAGACAUAGAAAGCACUAUUUUAUCUUCUGAUGAACCACUCCCCGAAAUAAAAAAUGAAGAGGUUGAGGUAAUAAUAUCAGACUUGAUACAAAAUACUGACAUCGUGGAUAAUCCAGAGCAGCAUUUACAGCUUGAUGACAAUGAAGACAUUAUAACUAAUUUGGAAAAUGAAUUGCAAGAGUUGUGCGAAAAAGAAGAAAUGGCUGAAGCAGCUCGUGUAGCAGCUGCUGAAACCUCUAAAACUACCACUACAACAAUCACAACAUCAGAACCUAUUCUUGUUCCCGUAGUUAGUUCAGAAAUUAAUGAAUCUUCUAUACCAGAUGCAGGUUCCAUUACUUCAGUUACUGCAACUAUAUCAAGAUCAUCUUCAAGUAAUGCAACUCCAAUAUCAUCUGAUGCUAUUCAAGAAAAUCCUGAAGCUUCACUAUCACCUGUCGGUGUCAUAGAAACAAAAAUAGAAUUGGGAACACCUGAAUCACAAGACAAUGAAGAAACAUGUGAAAGUGAAAAAGAUGAAGAAAGGGAAAAAGAAUCUACUCAAAUUGAUCCUUUUGAAUUCAGGGAGGAAGUAGAAAUGACAGAAUCUAUUAAACCUUCAUCUUUCUCUAAACAUCAAGAAUUCAAAUUUUCAGAAACCAAAGAUGAAGAAAAGAAAACCGCGAAAUCGUUUACUGACGAUGUGGAGCUCGGUUUUCAAGAAGAGAUAAAGGAAAUUAGAAAGUCGACGGAUGAAAAACAUGCUACAGAAAAACACGAACUUUACCCUGGUUCAGUGGAAAUAGUAGAAGUUGUGGAAUUAGAAGGGGAAGGUAUAGGAACUGAGCUUAAUAAGAAACAAAUUCAGGAUAUUGUCCACUCACACAAAACUUCUGACACAGAUAUUUCAGUUCAUAAAGACUCUGAAAACGUUAACCAUGGAGAUAAGCAGACUCUUAAAGAGAAUUGUAUACAAGUAAAAACCGAAACAUAUUCUGAGGACGACGAAAAUGAUUUGGAAGUUGCGUUACAAACUGAAAAGUCAGAAAAACGCGAAAAAGAACAGAUACCUCCGAUAACUCUAAUAGAACCCAAAAGAGAAGAAACAUUCACUCCAGACUUUACGAAUUCAUUUUUGGACGAUUUGGAAGUUAAUAAGUUAGACAAAAUGGGCAAAGCAAAAAGAGACUACUCUCGAACAAAGAAAAAAGAAGACAAAGAUUUUGAUAUUCUUUUGGCCGUUGAAAAGGCUGUAAACGCUCAUUUAGAAGAAUCUGAACAAGUGGAAGAUAAUUCAUCUGAAAAUAAUUUUUAUGGCAGUGAGAAGAAAACGGAUAUGAAGUUUAAAGUGAAAAAUGAAAAUGAUAGAUCAAACAGCCCUUGGACAGAAGAAGAAGAUCUUCAGGCAAUAAAAAUGAAAAGAAGGUCGUCCGCCACUGCUACUCCCAUCGACUCCAUUCCUAAUUCACCUGCAUCUAGUUUAUUAAAUGAAGACGAUAGAGACUACAGAAAUUGGAAGAAAUCAGUUAUGUUGGUCUAUAAUAGACUUGCAACUCACAAAAAUGCGUCCAUAUUCUGGAAACCGAUUACAGAUGAUCAGGCGCCAGGGUAUCAUGGUUUAAUACAUAGACCCAUGGAUCUGCAUACAAUACGGAAAAAUAUAGAGAACGGUGUUAUUAAAACAACUAGCGAAUUUUACAGAGAUGUUUUAUUGAUGUUUACAAAUGCGAUAAUGUUUAACAAAACAAACGGUACAGUCUACAAUAUGGCCAAAGACAUGCAACAGGAAAGUUUACAGCCAAUUAAAAUUUUGAUGCAAGCUCAACAAGGCAUCAUUCCACCAAAACGUGAAACAAGAACUAGCGAGUCGGGGAAUAAAAGAAAAAGAACGGGAGAAGAAAAUUCUCGAAAUAAGAAACGAAAAGAUGACUGAUAUUAAUAGUCUUAAGAAUUCGUGCAAAUAUUUUAAUAUCAAUAGUGUUUGGAUUACUUACUACUGUAAAUAUCAGUAUUUACUAAUACCUAGAAUUGAUUGAUCAGUAUUUUAUGUUCAUUAUUUCUCUGUCACGUCAUAAUUAGUGUUAAUUUUAAUAUUUCACUGUUUCUGUUGUCUAUUAUGGAAAAAUAAUAAUCGAUAUUAUUUGUUACUUUUCUUUUUAUAAGAUUCAACUUGGCUUGUUUGAAGCUACUUUUGUAUGUAUAUAUGAAAAUGCUACUUUAUAUAAAAAGACUUUAUGAUUG